AUGGAGUUUGAGGAAGAACCCUGCAGAAUGAGAGAUGAAGAAACAGAGGAAGAUGGAAACACAGUCAUUUCUAAAAGGAAAUUCACACACAAAAAAGCUGGGAAAUCUGGAGUCAAAGGAUCUUUUGCCUGCACUGAGUGUGGAAAGUGUUACACACGUAAACCAGACCUUACGCGACACAUGAGAAUGCACACCGGAGAGAAUCUGUUCACAUGCACUCAGUGUGGAAAGGUUUUCACAAACAAAGGAAAGUUGGAUGUACACAUGAGAGUUCACACGGGAGAAAGACCGUUCACAUGCACUCAGUGUGGAAAGAGUUACAUACAUGAAACAGACCUUAAGAGACACAUGAGAAUUCACACUGGAGAAAAACCAUUCACAUGCACUCAGUGUGGAAAUAGUUUCAUUGACAAAGCAUGCUUAAAUUCGCACAUGAAAAUUCACACUGGAGAAAAACCAUUCACAUGCACUCAGUGUGGAAAGAGUUUCGCUCACAAAAGAGUUCUUGGAGAUCAUCUGCGCUCUCACACUGGAGUGAAGUCUUUCAGCUGUGAUCAGUGUGAUAAAACAUUUGCUUUGGCAACAUACUUACAUAGACACCUUAAAGUUCAUGCUGCUGUGAAGCCUCACUUUUGUUCUUUAUGUGGAAAGGGUUUUACACAAAUGCAAAAGUUAAAAGAGCAUGAGCGUAUUCAUACUGGCGUGAGCCCUUAUAUGUGCCCUGACUGUGGGAAGACUUACACUACAUCUGGUGCUUUAAAAUUACACCAGAUAGUUCAUACUGGAGAGAAACUGCACAAGUGCUCACACUGUGAAAAGAGUUUCUCUACCUCAUCAUACUUGAAAUCUCAUGAGAGAGUUCAUACUGGAGAGAAGCCGCACCAGUGCUCUUCAUGUGGGAAGAGUUUCGCCCACUCACCUAAUCUAUCGUUUCAUAAGAAAAAAGGUUGCUCAAAGUCGUCCAAAUGAGAAAAGUAAAUGUGAUGUUCAGAAAAAGCAAAAGCUGGAAUUAGUUCCAACAGACUCAUUUCAUCUAAGGUAAUUUGUGAAAAUCAGGUUUGAAGUUUGAU